UCGAACACUACCACUACUAAGAUGGCCGUUGCUCUUCGCGUGUUCUUCCUCCUUUGCGGGAUCUGCGGUCUGAUGACCGGAGGCAGCGCCGAUGCCGUGGUGAAAGUUCCUUCCUGUCCAAAGGACUAUACUCGCGUAGACGACCGCUGUUUCAUUUUUAUACACUCAGAGAGAACCUUUGCUGAUGCCCAGUUGGCCUGCGAAGCUCUUGGAGCGAAUCUGGCUUCGGUUAAUUCCGCAGUAGAAAACGCGGUCAUCCUGGAGCUCAUCAACAUUGCCAAGGGUGACCGGCUUGAACCAACCUGGAUUGGAUUCAACGACAUUGUUGUGGAUGGCACCUUUGAGUGGACUGAUGGAACUACACCAUCCUUUACUAACUUCCGUGGUGCCGACCCUUCUGAUAAUGGACCCCUGGACUGUGUGGUGAUAAACGAAGAUGAUGACGCUCCUUCUGGUGGCGCUCCUGCAGUGGUAUUCUGGGAUGCAGUCGACUGCACGGAGGAACAUUUCUUUGUGUGCGCCAAAUGUCCCGUAUAGGCCGAUGCCCCUGGAACAACCAUUCCAACCAUCUUGAUGUCUCUUGCAAGGGAAUAGUAGAUGUCUACGGUGUCUUUGUGUUUCUUUUCUUCUCCUGCAACUAUUCAGGUCUUGCCGAUCGCUGUCAGUCAAAGUAAUUUGGAACCUCUCAAAUAAAGGAAGGAAUCUGUC